AUGGCUCGUGGUCAGACGUGGAGUGACGAGGAGGUAAAGGCUCUCAUACAAGUCUGGUCAGACGAAAGUAUUUUGCAGUUACUUGUGAACACUCACAAGAACAAUGAGGUUUACAGGCUAAUCUGUUUGAAAUUGGAGAAGUUGGGAUUCUAGCGCACAGCUGAACAGUGCCGCAACAGUCAAAAACUUUGCCAACAAUACAUAAAAGUACGUGACAUGCUCAGGAAAAGUGGCAGUUCAGGAGACUUGAAGGACAAGUAUCCUUGGUAUGAUGAACUAGAUGUUGUUCUUGGCACUCGACCCACGAGCAGCCCACAACAUGUGCUGGAGUCCUACCGAUCAGAGACUCCGCCGCCAUCCACCCUGGCACAGAGUGACUCCGAAACCACAGAGAUGGCUCAGGACUCAGAAAAAAGUGAUAAACGUGACACUGACUGUGAAAUUGAAGAGGCAGCCACCACAAGCUCCCAGGUGGAUGAAGAAAGUGGCCAACCAAGGCUGGCUGUACCUGGGGCUCAGAAAAGAAAGAAAAAGACAAAGGCUGACAGGUUGGAGAAAUUGUUAGAGAGCUACCUGGAUGAUGAGAGAAAAAGCGAUGAGGAUGAAUGCAAAAGAAUGAAGCAGGAGUCUGCAUCUUUUGCGAACUUCUUAAAAAUGAAACAGCAAGCUAAAGAAAGACAUUUCGGGACAGCGGGACAGCCCAUCUGCUGCUGUUUCACCGAGUCUUGGGUGUGUGGGCGACAAGGAGACCAUGGCUGUCGACGGCUAGCGAAGCAGCGGCCCGUGAACGCUACAUCGUGGGGCAGCCAGCUGCUGCGCCUCUGA